GAGCAGUAACGAUGUGUUCCUAUGCGCCGCAAAUCCCGUCACGAUCAAUUUCUUGAGUUCAUUUCCUGAUCAUAGAAUAUGGAGAGAAGGUAGCGGCCCUUGAAGCAUCACGAUUGUGAAGAAAGCUUUAUCAUGGGUCUACUUUUCUCCAGGUGGAGGAAAAAGGAAUCGCUUGGAGAAGUGUUAGAAUUACUGGAGAAGGAUAUUGAAGCAUUACAUUCCAGUCAACAAAGAACAGAAAACCUGAGGAAGAAAUUUAUAGGUUCUCUCAUCCUGUACUCAGUCCUGCUGUAUAUUGUAGCUGCUCUUGUCUGCUACUUUUAUGACUUUCCAAAAUCUUGGAAAGCUAAAGCUGUGCGAUCCAUUCCACUCCUUGUUUUUCCAAUUUUAGUGUAUUUGCUGAAGAGAGUGCUUCAUUACAUUUUUGUUCAAAGAAUUAGUAAGAAUGCAAGAAGGCUGGAAGAGUUAAAAGACAAGAAGAGACAAGUUCUUGAGGAAGUAAAGGAAAAAGAGACGUACAAAACAGCUAAAGAUUUGCUGGAUAAGUAUGACCCUAAUUCUGAAGUGGUUAAGGUGGAAAGAAAAGAGAAACCCAGUUCAACUCCUGCGCGUGGUGUGCAGAGUCCAAGUGCCUCAAUGGGGACAGAAUUGAGACAGAGGAAUAUCUUGCCUAAGGGUGAAAGUCCAGAGGCUCCAUUACAACGUACCAUCUCUGAGCCCUCUUUAGCAGAGUCCCCUGGCCAGAUAAACCAAUCAGAGGACAGAAAAAAUUCUAAUCAGACACCAGUAGAGCCACGGAAAUCCAGUAGUCUCAUGAAUAUUCCCUCAAACUCAUCUGGUUAGUCUUGUGCUUUGCAGAAAUUGUUACAAUUUUAAAAUUUUGUAUCGCGUAAUUUGAUGUUCUCACAGGUGUUACUGGGUAUUGCUGCUUUGUGAUUGAAGAGGCCCCUUAAGAAGUGAAGAAGGGAGUUUUGUUUUACCUUUACUUGCUACUGUACAGUCAAAGAGGAAGAGAUUAACUU